AUGUGGUGUGAUGUGGACGGCUUGUGGGGUGGCAGGGUGGGAGUCGUUGGCUGGUGGCAGGGUGACAGUCGUUGGGUGGUGGUAGAGUGGAGUCGU